UGUAUCGUGGAUGUAUUUCAAUUACAAAACCAGUCGAAUCUAUUCAUCGCUAUUUAUCGCGUUAUGCAAUCUGGAUGAUCUCCUCGAUCUUUCACCUUGCUCUCAGACUCGAUUAACUUUUGUGAGAUGAGAAUCGUCGAUGCGAAUCUAGAAUAUUUGCGAUACUAGAAAUUUGUACAAUCUCACAAACUGAAUAAAAUUAAAAUUCGAAACACAUUGGCAAAGUUGUCAAUAACCGAUACUAUUCUAUGAUUUUUUCGUUUCCUACGAAAUGAUUAUGAUUAUGUAGUACAUUGCGUUACGUGUGUUAUCCAGCUGUAUCGCGUGCAAUUAUGUUUCUCUUGUCUAUAGCAUCCCACUCCAGAGUCCAGUCUCUUUUGUCCGGCAGAUUCGAGCUAUCAAAAUGCUGUACAUCUUGAUAUCUUCUUUUUUUAAGAUCUCGUUAGCGGAAAACGAUUAAUCGAAAUACUUGUACCACCUGUUGCUGUAUGGAAAUUAGAUGGCAAAACUAGAAGACGUAAAAUUUAUAUGGAGAAACGCGGAUGUAGUCACCUUCGACGUUGAUUCCACUGUGAUACAAGAGGAAGGAAUCGACGAACUUGCAAAAUUUUGUGGAAAAGGAGACCAAGUUACCGCCUUAACGAGCCAAGCGAUGCAAGGAAACUUAACGUUUCAACAAUCUUUAACGGAAAGAUUGAAUAUUAUAAAACCAAGCUAUACUCAGGUAAAGCAGUUUCUCGAAUCGCACCCACCAAAACUUACACCUGGAAUCAAAGCUCUGGUAACGGCCUUACAAGCUCACAAAAAGCAAGUGUUCCUAGUGUCCGGUGGUUUCCAUUGCGUAAUCGCACCAGUUGCCGUAUUACUCGACAUUCCGUUAGAACAUGUCUUUGCGAACAAAUUGAAAUUUUAUUUCACAGGAGAAUAUGCAGGUUUCGAUGAAAAUCAACCCACCGCUGCGAGUGGUGGAAAAGCAAAAGUAAUCGAGUAUCUCAAAAAGGAACUCGGAUGUAAAACUGUUGUCCAUAUCGGAGACGGAGCAACAGAUUUAGAAACUAUUUCGAUAGCGGACACAUUUAUAGUUUUACUAUAGGAUACGGAGGAAAUGUAGUUAGAGAAAGCGUUAAGAUUGGAGCUCCGUGGUUUAUUACCGAUUUCAAUGAACUUGCGAAUGCAUUGUAAACGUAAAAGGUAAUAUUCUUUCGAACCAUUAAAUUAUUUCUAAUGAUUCGGCGGUAACCGAUAAAUAUGUUUCAAUAAACAUAUAAUACAAUGUUUCCUA